GAUAUAGUCUGGCGAGCUGGGAAACUGGGUAUCAAAAAAAAAAAAAAUGAGAUUGCAGAAUGCAGGAAUGGAAAAAUGGUUCAAAUAAUCAUUUUCCUUUGUGCUGUCGCUUUCUCUGCAGAAAAAUUCUGAACCUCUGACACUAGUCCUUAACAUUAAAUUCCCCAAAGCCCUUUUUAUUCUCGAUUCAUGCGAUCACUUUUCCCACUCCCAUUAACCUGUAAAUAUGAUGAGAGGAAAGAGUUUAGAAAUUAGCAUCAAUCUUAAAGCAGAUGAAGAAAUCACCAAGAAAAUUGAGAGUAUCUGUUUGAUAGGAAAGAUAAUGUUACACAAACCCAUAGACAGAAAUCUUGUGGAAUCCAUUGCAAAGAAAGAAUGGAAGUGUAAAAAUGAUUUCUCAGUGUCAUGCAUUACUCACAACAUUUUCAUGUUUUCAUUCAAAAGCAAAGAAGAUUUGAAGAACGUUCUUGAGGACUCGCCUUGGACGAUUAGAGGUGGGCUUUUGGUAUUGUCAGUAUGGUGCGCCGGGAAAGUCCCAACAGAGCUUUCCUUUUCAUAUUCUGUAUUCUGGGUACAGGUGCAUGGGUUGCCAAUCAACUAUUUAUCUCAAGAAAAUGUGUCCAAGAUUGGUGAAUAUUUGGGGAUUUUUGUCUGUGCUGAUAGGAAUGUGUUUGAUGGGAAAUUUUGUUGGAGAAAAUUUCUUAGAUUAAGGGUUAUUUUGGAUGUUAGAAAUCCAAUUCUAACUGGGUUUUGGCUUAGGCGCCCUGGAUUGAAAGAUAUUUGGAUCGAUUUCAAGUACGAAAAAUUGGGACAAUUUUGCUAUAAAUGUGGUAGGAUUGGGAACCAUUAUUUGAGAUGCAAGUUUUCUGCUGGAGAGGCUAAGUUUGGACCGUGGUUAAGGGCUCUUCCAUGGUAUGAACCUUUUUCUGGUGCUACAUUUCCAACAAAUCUGCAGGAGAAAAGAGGCCAACAAAAUUUUUGCACUUCUUUAAUUGCAGUUCCAAAGGCAAAUUCUUCUCUAAUUCAAUCCUCAUCAAGUUUGGGAGUAUGCAUUCUGCUGCUCUUUCUUGUUGGUAUGUAA